AUUCCUCCACCUGGGCGCCUUUGACUUUUCGUUGUUUUCGUGUUGCCAAGUGACAUGGAAGAUAGAAGUUCCCCGACCUAUUGUCCUGUCGUACCCUCCCUCCUCCAUAUGUAUUUAAACCGCGGACUCCGGACCAAGGAGAGACAGCGGAGGAGAAUAUUUAAGAGGAGGGGGAGCAAGAGAAGAGGUAUCCUCACGUCCCUACCGCGAAUAAAGAUCACCUGUUCACCCGUCCGAAUAUGGGAGGCCUCGUCUCACACUUUUUGGCUCGCUUCGUUACCAUGAAACCCGUCCGAAUUCUCAUGGUUGGUUUAGAUGGUGCAGGGAAAACUACUGUCCUGUACAAACUGAAGCUGGGAGAGGUGGUCUCCACCAUCCCUACUAUAGGGUUCAACGUUGAGACGGUGGACUAUAAGAACGUGAGUUUCACCGUUUGGGACGUUGGUGGACAGAACAUCGUCAGAACCCUGUGGAGACAUUACUUCACUAACACACAGGGGCUGAUAUAUGUGGUGGACAGUAACGACCCAGAGAGAAUGAAAGAAGCCGCAACAGAGCUGCAUCGCAUGUUGGAGGAGGAUGAGCUGAGGGGUGUGGCCGUGCUGGUAAUGGCCAAUAAACAGGACCUGCCCAGAGCCAUGUCUGUCAGUGACGUAACAGAGGCCCUCGCUGAGGCUUUUCCCUCGCUGUCAGGGCUGUCCAACACGUGGUCUGUCCAGGGCUGCUGUGCGGUCAGUGGUGCCGGCCUGAUGGAGGGACUCGACUGGCUCUCCAUACAGGUACAGAAGCACUAGGCCCCCCCGGAUCUGGGAACACCUGCUGCACCUUCUGCAUCUUAUACAGACCCCAACCCAUCAUGACGAAGUCACUUGGUUCCGCCUCAAUGAGUCCAGAACCUUCUGAGAAGGAUCUAGUCACUGUCUGUGACAGGCAAAACGAAGUUGGAUCAGAUUUGUUUGUAAAAGUUGUUUUGUUAUGCUUUUAUUUUACAUCCUUCUUUAAAAGAAAGAGUAUAUAUAUUUUUAUUGUUUAUUGCUGCCUAUGUAAAGCACUUUGAAUUGCCUAUGAAUGCAAACAGCUUUAGUGUAAGAUUUAUAUAAAAUAUUGAGUGGGAGUUCAUACAACGGGAACAAUAAAGUUUAAUCAAAACAAA